AAUUUAAUAUUCGAUCGAGAAGAUAGGGAGAGAAGAAGAAGAACGGGGUCGGGCGGAGGCCGGCGGAUAUCGGAAAAUGGAGUCGGCUUCCGGUGCGCGGAGCUGUGGUCGAAUACCUUAAUCCCAUCCGACAUGGCUUCCGGAUCCGAAUCCAUUAACCAGUUCAAAGUUCCAGGAUACCAAGAUCAGGCCUCAGUUAAUUCCUACCAUAGCUCUGGAUCAAUCGGUCUGUUCAUAGCGGUGAUGUUUGUGAUAAUAGUUCUUGCUGCGCUUUCCUGCAUCUUUGGAAGAGUUUGCGCUUCUGAGAUGGCAGAGGGUCCAGAUUCAUCUUAUGAUUGCUUGAGUUGGGUACGGCGAAGUUAUCAGCGCAGCAGAUGUGGUUUUAGUCAUUGCAUCAUGAGAGAAGCAAAAUUGGAUUUAAGGGUUAAAGAGGGCUCACAGUUUUCCCCUCCAUCUUCACAGCCAUAAGGUCUUGUAACUUGUGAGGGCAUGCAUGUUAAUAUUCCUUUGUUUUUUAGUUCAUCUGGUUAUAGUUUGCAAUUUGUACAGCGGGCUUGGAUGCUAAUUUUUUUUUUUUUUUUUAUGUUCCUUUGCUUAUGAACUACUUUGGUUAUUAUUUAUCCUCUCUUAAGAUGAAGAUUGCAGAACUUAAACUCCA